CCGGGGGCCGCGGAGCCGCCGCCGCCGCUGCUGCUGCUGCCGCCGCUGCUGAGACCCAGCGGGCGAUGGGAUGAAGAUGAGACGCUACAAGCUCUUUCUCAUGUUCUGUAUGGCCGGCCUGUGCCUCAUCUCCUUCCUGCACUUCUUUAAGACCCUGUCCUAUGUCACCUUCCCCCGAGAACUGGCCUCCCUCAGUCCUAACCUUGUGUCCAGCUUCUUCUGGAACAAUGCCCCCGUCACACCCCAGGCCAGCCCCGAGCCGGGUGGCCCCGAUCUGCUUCGGACCCCUCUGUACUCGCACUCACCCCUGCUCCAGCCGCUGUCCCCCAGCAAGGCCACCGAGGAACUCCACCGGGUGGACUUUGUGCUGCCCGAGGACACCACCGAGUAUUUCGUGCGCACCAAAGCCGGGGGCGUGUGCUUCAAGCCAGGUACCAAGAUGCUGGAGAAACCACCAUCGGGGCGGCCAGAGGAGAAGCCGGAGGGUAGCCCUGCGCGGCGCCCCCCGCGGCACGUGCUGAGCGCCCGGGAGCGCGCGGGCGGCCGCGCGCGGCGCAAGUGGGUGGAGUGCGUGUGCCUGCCGGGCUGGCACGGGCCCAGCUGCGGCGUGCCCACCGUGGUGCAGUACUCCAACCUGCCCACCAAGGAGCGCCUGGUGCCCAGGGAGGUGCCCCGGCGGGUCAUCAACGCCAUCAACAUCAACCACGAGUUCGACCUGCUGGCCGUGCGCUUCCACGAGCUGGGCGACGUGGUGGACGCCUUCGUGGUGUGCGAGUCCAACUUCACGGCCUACGGGGAGCCGCGGCCGCUCAAGUUCCGCGAGAUGCUGACCAAUGGCACGUUCGAGUACAUCCGCCACAAGGUGCUCUACGUCUUCCUGGACCACUUCCCGCCCGGAGGCCGGCAGGACGGCUGGAUCGCCGACGACUACCUGCGCACCUUCCUGACGCAGGAUGGCGUGUCGCGGCUGCGCAACCUGCGGCCCGAUGACGUCUUCAUCAUCGAUGACGCGGACGAGAUCCCGGCGCGCGAUGGCGUGCUCUUCCUCAAGCUCUACGACGGCUGGACGGAGCCCUUCGCCUUCCACAUGCGCAAGUCGCUGUAUGGCUUCUUCUGGAAGCAGCCUGGCACCCUGGAGGUGGUGUCCGGCUGCACGGUGGACAUGCUGCAGGCCGUGUACGGGCUGGACGGCAUCCGCCUGCGCCGCCGCCAGUAUUACACCAUGCCCAACUUCCGUCAGUACGAGAACCGUACCGGCCACAUCCUGGUGCAGUGGUCGCUGGGCAGCCCGCUGCACUUCGCGGGCUGGCACUGCUCUUGGUGCUUCACGCCCGAGGGCAUCUACUUCAAGCUCGUGUCCGCCCAGAACGGCGACUUCCCCCGCUGGGGUGACUACGAGGACAAGCGGGACCUCAAUUACAUCCGCAGCCUGAUCCGCACCGGGGGCUGGUUCGAUGGCACGCAGCAGGAGUACCCGCCUGCUGACCCCAGCGAACACAUGUACGCCCCCAAGUACCUGCUCAAGAACUACGCCCAGUUCCGAUACUUGCUGGACAACCCAUACCGGGAGCCCAAGAGCACAACGGACGCAGGGCGGCGGAACCAUGGCCCCGAGGGAAGGCCGCCCCUGGCCAGGGGCAAGUUGGACGCCGCCAUUGAGGGUUAAGACCGCAUCAUCUCAGGGCCUUGGUACAGUGGGGCUACCCCAGUGUUCUCUCCUGCUGGCUCGGGGUUCUUGGGAGGACCAGUUGCGGAUGGGUGGGUGGGUGUCUUCCCCACUCAAGCCCUUGUGAAUCAAGGAUCAGGUCUUUCAGCUCAAAAGAGAGAAAAAAAAAAAAAAAGGAAAGAAAUCCUUCCCAUCAGGAGAGAGGAGCAAGCCCAGACAUCUAUGCAGCCUUUUGUCACAGCCGAGA